AUGGAAACCAAAGAACAUGAAUCUUUCAAAGAAUCGGACUCUGAUGAUAGUGAGAACGAGCUAGAUGUAAGGAAAAAUAAACAUCGGCUAAAGCCCGUAGAUAUUCAAAGACAGCAACUAGAACGUUUGUUGCAAAGAGUUGAGAAACCCGUGAACAUACCGGAAAUAACGGACAAACCGAAGUUAAAGGCACCGAAGGAUAUUGUUAGAAAUGUUCAAGGCUCAAGCGCGGGUGCUGGCAGCGGCGAAUUUCACGUGUAUAGGGCACAUCGUCGAAGGGAAUACACACGACUAAAGAUCAUGGAAGAAGAAGCGAAGAAGAGUCAGGAGACCAAACCGAAUAAGUCGAGUUUUAAGAUUAGAACAGCAUUAAAUAACAGACUAUUUUAUUUAUUAAACAAUGGCGACCAGUGA